AUGUCUGACGAGGAUUUACUCGCCUGCUCUAAAGAAGAGCUGGUGAGGCGACUGCGUAAAGAGGAGUCUGAAAAGAUCUCUGCUCUUAUCCAGCGUGGACGGCUAAUAAAAGAAGUCAACAAACAAUUACAGGGCCACCUGCUUGAGAUCAGGGAGCUGAAAACCAUCAACCAGCGUCUCCAGGAAGAAAACACAGAACUGCGUGACUUGUGCUGUUUUCUUGAUGAUGACCGACUAAAGGUGAAGAAGCUGGCACGGGAAUGGCAGCUGUUCGGUCACCACGCAGCCAAAGUGAUGCGUGAGGAUCUGGGCGGCUACUUGAAAAAGCUGUCCGACCUAGAGCGCAUGCAGGACGGAUUAGUGAAGGAGAAUCUGGACCUGAAAGAACUCUGUCUAGUCCUGGAGGAGGAGUGUGUCAGCAGGAGUGACUCCAGUCCCGGUGGAUCCACUGAGCUCAACCUGCCGUGCAUGGUGUCCCGAUACCUGGGAGAUGGAAGUUCAAGCACUGGGAGCGUUGGUAGUCCGGACCAGCUCCACCUGGUGUGCUCACCUGAUGACUGA